CAUGAGGUGAGGUUAUGCGCGCGAGCUGUCCGUCCGUUUCCAGUGAUCAAGAUGUGGCUCUGGCGGCUGGCCGCUUUACUCGUCAUAACACGCGCAUGUUUCGCGUCCGAAUCUGUUUCGGAAGAGCAUAUACAAUUCGAAGAGGAGCAUGAAUCGUCGUGCGCGCAGGACGAGUGCGUGAGCUGCGAGGUGUCCACGGGCCGCUGCCUGCGCUGCCUGCGCGCCAUUCUUCCCUCGCGCCGCUGCGUUGCCUCCUGCCCAACGCACCUCAACCCUACCCUCGGGGCCCUCAACCCUACCCUCACUGCCCCAACCGCUGACAACCAUGGCACCAUCUGCUACCACGCGGCAGUCGGAGCGCAGGAGCGCGCAGAGUUCCUGCGUCAGCUGACUGCGCUGCGUAAGGACGCAGGCCUCCUGCUGGCCCUGCUGGCAGAGACGCGGGCCCGCUACAGGGGCCUCAGCGGGCCUCAGCGUGACACUAAGGCCCGGGCCUACAGGGCGGUGGUCCGGGACCUGGCCCGCGUGGUGGCGCUGGUGGGCCGGCCCGACGAGUCCUUCACGCGCGUGCCCGCGGACUGGCGGCGGCUGCUCGCCUGGGCCGGUCGGCUGCUGGCCCGCUACCGUCGCACCGCCAAGGUGACAGGCUGUCAGUGUGGAUGUGGGGAGAGGAAGGAGGAAGACGUCAGCAAGCCUGAGACAUUGUCAGCACCUCAACCUCUGUUCCUGACGCGGCAGCAAACACAAGAACAAAGAUGGCGUCAGCAAAGACUGGAGGCUGACAAGAUGACUGACAUCGGGGCCAAGCUUUACUGGACUGACGGUGACUUCAGAAGUGACAGUCGAUCUUCGCAAAUUGAAGAACAAGUUGGGUCUUCGGAGUCGGGAAAUCGUGCACCGUCCCUCCACGGUUCACCCUCUCCGGUGGAGCCUGAGGGUAACUCCGAGAAGAACGAGGGCACAGCAUGUGAGGGGAAAUUUCACACGUCCUACACCAGUGUUAAUGACGAGGAAAUAAGUUAUUCAAAGGACGAAGAAGCUCUGGCUUAUAAGAAAGCUGCUUUAUUUGAGAUUAUAAACGAAAAGAGUGACUUAGAGGCUCCAGUCACCGGCGGUGAAGUUAACAGGAACAAAAAAGAUCGCGGUAGUCCAGGUGUAAUUUCUAGAAUAUUUUGCAGCAAGCUUAUGCAUAACAAUACAGACUCGCAUAAUAAUAAUGAUUUUCUUAAUGACGAUGUUGUUUUAGAUGCUGAGUUCACCAGAGAAAUGGAGUGUCUUUCUUCGAACAGCAUUUAUGAUCAUAUCGAAGCCUUCACGUUUGAGGAUCUCACUUCUCCUCAAAAACACGACGCAAAAAACUCACAGCCAAAACCAAAACAGAAAAACACUGCAAAUGUUAAUAUUAAUAGGUUAAGAAAACCUAAUUUUCCGGGAUACUCGGAAAGUUUCAAGCAGAUUCUAGACAAAAGAAACUUGCUUAGCAUUCAAAAGAAUAAAAUUCAGAAGCGCUUGAGUAAGAAGGGCGAACAAUUGAACAAAAUUGUCCGUAGAACAGAGAGCAGGUUUUUAAAAGAUAGAAAUAAGAUAAACCCGAAUCUAACGUACGACAGACGUAACGUACAGAACAGCGUCGUAAAUGAGGAGAUGGUAGGAGGAGACUUAUACGUCAAUGUCGUAAAACAGCCUGUGAUAGAACGACGUAGCGACCAGACGUUAAACACGUACAAAAGUUACUCAAGUUUAGAAGAAACUGACGUUAUUGACGUUAACGUUCACGACGUUGUUAAUAAUUCAGAUCCUCCUGUCCUAGACGUUGAGGACAACAGGACCGUUAAAUUGAGGUGCGAGAUCCUUACGAUGGUAUAGAAAUAAUAUUAUAAAUAAACAAUAAAUAUAAAUAAAUAAAUAUUCCCGUUACGUUACUGUAUCUAUAUAUACUCAUUUUAUGCGGUUGGAAGUGAAUCUUAACUUAAAAUGGGGUUGCAGUCAAGACAAAUUCUAAGUAUUGUUGAAUUGAAAAGGUGAUCAUCAACUGUUAAUCGUCAUAUUUUGUUCUGAUAUUUCAGCAAACUUGAACAAUGCAAGAUGAAGGUCCAUUUAAAGCCUGGUAUUGAGUGAUGACAAUUUAAGGGGUUGGAAAAAAUAAGGGAAAAACCUUAUGAUUUGAGAUCAUAAUGUUUGAACAUGCAUGUUAUAAACAUAAAAACUUUACACAUUUUAAAGUUUAUUGUUGUUGAUAAUUGAGAUUGUAUGUUUUAUAGAUAUUUUUAGAGAAUUUUUGUCGCUGUAACUUUAUAAAAAAGCCAAAUAUCUCUAACUUUCGAAGAGGCCAAAUUGUUGGCGCUCGUAUGGCAGGCGCUAGUCGCACACUAACAAUUUGCAAUUUUUAUUAAUUCACACCACAAUAAAAUACAUUUUGUGGAUAUUUUGAGCAUUUUUCAUAUCAAUUUCAACUAAUAUAGUGGAAAUAAGUGAUCGAAACUUCCGUUGCAUGUCCUUAUGCCAAAGAUUCACAAAAUUGUGUAUGUUUUGGAAAAAGUUUUUGUUGAAACCUUCAUCAAAUUUAUUUAUUUAACCUUGCAUUUAACUGAUAGCUCGGAGAGAUAUAAUACGGAUAUGAUCGUUCCUCUUGUACAGAGAGUUUUAACAGACAUACAAGGGUUACUAAUGCUCUUUUAGUUCAAUUAACUGACAGAUCACCUCUUAAUUUAUAAGCCAUUAUGUCUUUGUUGAUUAGCCAUGUAAAUUGUAAAACCCACUCGAUAUAAACAAUAAUUAAAUAAGCAUUAGCUUUUAAUUGAACCGCCUUUCAAAACAAUUAAAAAUCCAAUGCCUAGUAUAUAUAAUGUUCAGUCCAGUAGUCCCAUGUAUAUUGUAUUGUACGUGUGAGUGACACGUUCACAGCGCGUCUCAUUCUGCAUUGUACGUGUCAGUGACACGUUCACUGCAAGUAUCGAUCAUGUUGCUGUCAGCGGAAGUAACCGCAUAAGUAAUUCCGGCAGUGAAUGUUCCAAGAAUUUCCUAAAUUUUAUUGAACCUUGUUGCGUUAAAUUGUUUACAGCAAUACCUUGUUUAUAAUUAAUUUUAUUAUUGCCAAUUAUAAUUAUUGAU